AAGUAAUCCUAGACCGCCAUUAGGGACAAAUUAGACAGUUUAUUUUCAUUUUUAUACGUCAACAUGUGGAGAUCAAGAGCAAUUUCACGCACUUGUUGACGAAAAAUUGUUGAUUCAAAAUCGCUUAUUGAAAAGCUGUUUUGAGACUGGGAGUGUGAGUUGCAGGUGACAACUGUGAGUUGAAGAUGCUGGCCCCAGAGGUAGGCUCAGCGAAUUCCGACGCAGUGCACAUACGUCUGGGCUCCGAGAAGGCGCCCCUGAUAUCCGGCCGUUCAUUCUUCCGUCGUCUGGGGUCCCUCCUCGGUCUGCACAGGACUCCGUCAGCGAUGUCAGACGGUUACGUUGAGUUCAGCAACCUCGAGGCCCGAAAUGGACGCACCCUGGGAACAUUUGCUGGUGUUUUCAGCCCAGUUACCCUCUCCAUGUUCUCGGCCCUCGUGUUCAUUCGUAUGGGCUACAUCGUUGGCAACGCAGGGCUGCUCAUCACCCUGACGCAGUUUGUCAUUGCCUACGGGAUCUUGCUGUUCACGGUUGCAUCAAUCUGCGCGAUAUCCACGAAUGGAGCUGUUGAGGGUGGUGGCGCCUACUUCAUGAUCAGCAGAACACUGGGACCGGAGUUCGGAGGAUCCAUUGGGACGAUAUUCUUCAUGGCCAACGUCGUCUCUUCUGCCUUGUGCAUAUCAGGCUGUGCCGAGGGAAUUGUGGAGAAUUUUGGACCGAAUGGCUACUUAACGGGCUCGGCGUCCCUUUUUCCGGACGGCAAUUGGUGGAGAUUCCUCUACUGCACCAUCCUCAAUACGGCAAACCUCGUCGUCUGCCUCAUCGGAGCAGCCAUGUUCGCUAAAACCAGUGUAGCUAUCCUGGCGAUUGUCUGCAUCUGUCUCCUGAGUGUCUUCAUUAGUUUCUUGGUGCAGGAGCCUAUGGAAGUGGCCAUUCCCGAUGCCAAUACCAUCGUCAAGAACAUCACUGAUCAUCUGAAUGCUUCUUACACAGGUCUGCGAUCGGAGACCCUCGUCAGCAACCUCUACUCCAAUUACUCCGCGGACUACUCGAGCCCCGGUACAAUAUCGUCCUUUGCCUCUGUUUUCGGUGUUCUAUUUUCGGGGGUCACGGGGAUAAUGGCGGGUGCCAACAUGUCCGGCGAGCUGCAAAACCCCGCCCGUAACAUUCCCCGAGGCACCCUCUCCGCAGUCCUCGUCACCUUCGUCUGCUACAUCCUCCUCUCUGUCCUCACCGCAGCGACCUCGAGUCGCUUUCUCCUCCAAAACAACUUCAUCUACAUGAUGCCAACCAACAUCUGGCCGCCCUUCGUCGCCCUCGGCAUCCUCACCGCGACCUUCUCCGCAGGCCUCUCAAACCUCAUCGGCUCGAGCCGCGUCCUCGAGGCCCUGGCCAAGGACAACGUCUUCGGCUCAGGCUUGAACUUCAUAACGCAAGGCACCUGGCGCGGCAACCCAAUCGUCGCUGUCCUCACCUCGUGGAGUCUCGUCCAGAUAAUUCUCCUCAUCGGCUCCCUCAACACAAUCGCCCAGAUAAACUCAGUCCUCUUUCUCCUCAGUUAUCUCGCCACAAACCUCUCCUGUCUCGGUCUCGAGCUGGCCUCAGCCCCAAACUUCCGUCCCACCUUCAACUACUUCACCUGGCACACAGCGACAAUCGGCCUCCUGGGCACCCUCAUAAUGAUGUUCGUAAUCAACAGCAUCUACGCCUCAAUCAGCAUUAUAAUCUGCCUGAUCCUCAUAAUAGUCCUCCACCUCUUCAGCCCAAGCAAGAAUGCAGCGUGGGGCAGCAUAUCGCAGGCCCUCAUCUUCCACCAGGUCCGAAAGUACCUCCUGAUGCUAGACUCACGGAAGGAUCACGUCAAGUUCUGGAGGCCCCAGAUGCUCCUGAUGGUCUCCUCACCGAGAUCCGCAUGCUCACUCAUAGAUUUCGUCAACGAUCUCAAGAAAGGGGGACUCUACGUCAUUGGACACGUCAAGACUGGUGAUUUCAAUGGACAGUAUGUCGACCCCACCAUCGAGGAGUAUCCCAAGUGGCUGUCACUGGUGGAUCACCUCAAGGUCAAGGCCUUCGUGGAGUUGACCAUCACGAAGACAGUGAGGGAGGGCCUUCAGCAUCUCAUCAGGAUAUCCGGAAUGGGCGCCAUGAAGCCGAAUACCAUUAUUCUUGGGUUCUACGAUGAGGAGGCGCCCAGGGACUUGUUCAAGGACUCCAAGUAUGCGACUGACUUGUUCGACCAGCACAACCAGAACUGCUUUCCCAUCAGGUCUCUCGGUGAGCCCAGGAGUCUCGAUGGCGUUCACUACGUCGGCAUGUGCAAUGACGUCUUGAGGAUGAAGAAGAACUUGUGCUUGUGCAGGAAUUUUCAUCUUCUCGAUAAGAAUCGGAUGGGCAAGGGGGGUGAUCUCGAGUUUAUCGAUGUUUGGCCGGUGAAUUUUUUCAAUCCAACUGAUCAGGAUCCCUUCGACACCACUAGCCUCUUCAUGAUGCAAUUGGCCUGCAUCAUCAAUAUGGUGUCCUCGUGGAAGGGCCUGACUCUCAGGGUUUUUUACGUGGAAUUUGAGGAGGCGAGUCUCAGUAUUUCAGAUCCUGGUAGUGCAUGUAGUGAUUUCGUGGCCAUUUCCACGGAGAUCAGGAUCAGAAAGCUACUGGAUAUGCUGAGAAUCUCCGCGCAGAUACAGAAGAUACCUGGCUGGGGUGCCAGGGGGAACAGGGGGGAGCUCAUUCAGCGGGGGGUUGAGGGGGAUGGGGGGAGGGGGGCCAGCAGUGGGGCGAGGAGCUGGAUCCUCGAGGCUAAUCAUGUGGUGAGGGGACAGAGUGGGGCCAGCGCUGCGGUCUUUAUGUAUCUGCCGGCUCCACCGAGUGCUAGUGCUUGGGAGGAGGGAACGGUUUAUCAACAGUAUUUGCAACUGUUAACGGAGCUCACGGUGGAUCUGCCACCGACGGUGCUGGUGCAUGGAAUCAGCGCUGUUACUUCGACUACUCUGUAACGAACGGAGGGUGCGGCGGCGGGUGAUACCUCUUCGUGGUGUUCAUUAUUGAUAGGGAGGUUUUCAUUGCGUCUUUGAGUGUGGCUGCGUUAGGGAAUUUUUAUAAUUCAGCGGCGAAGUGGGAAAACGGUACUAGUCAAUUUUUAUUUUUGAUGACCAGUUUUUAAUGAGUAUCUCGGAGUCUGAGGGGGAUGGCGAAAUUUUUGCUGUAACCUUUUUUGGAGAGCCGAGUGAGAACUGCAAUAAAUGUAAUUACGAAAAUUUCGCUGUCUCUCUUAGAUUCGGAAUUAUUCCUUUUUUUUUUUUUUAUGCUGUAGAAACAUGUAAAGUUUUGAGCAAAUAAAUAUAACAAAAAAAAAAAAUUAUUUCUCAAAAACUCACAUUAGAGAUGAGUCGACUUUAACCGCUUUACCACUUCAUUACUGAAUUCAUUUCAAGGUGUACCACACUUGAAAUCGAGAUGAAAAUUAGUCCGAUGAUACAGUGAUAAUACAGUGUGAUGAUGGGAUUUACACUACGAUAAACUCAUACUAUUAAUUCGGCAACGAAGUGAUGAAACAAACGCGAUGCAAUUCAAUUUUUUUUUCUCAGGAUUUGGAAUUAUUUCGAUCAAGAGUUGUUUCGCAGAUAUCACGAGAUUUCUUUUGCUGAAAUUUAAAAAAAUCUGAUGCUCGAUGACAUGUUCUGUUACAUUUCACCACUUCUCACUCAUUCCCAUAUACUAAGGACGAAUAACUGGAGAUAGUUGUAACGCUAGAUGAAUUUUAUCCGCUACUUUUAUAAACAUGUAUUAAUUUUUUAAGGGGGAAUAAAAUAAUGAGAAGGGAUUGUACAUAAGAGACACGAAGUUUUUCAAUUGAAUAAAUAAUUUUAUGUAUCUGAUGGUAAUAUGUGCAUUAAAUAUACUUGAUAUCGGGGUAAUGUAUAAAUAGAAUUAUUUAAUAUAUUUAUCAUUUGUACAUGGAGCAAUAAAAACAUUAUUGGUAACAUGGAAA